GUUCAAAGGUCGGACCGACCCGCCUCAAACACGCGUGUGCGGUGUCGGAUGAGUGUGUGUGUAGCGUGGGUACUUCUUCGAGUUUGUUUUAGUUUUGUUCCGUAUUUAUAUGAUCUGUCGCAUUGUCGCGUCUUGUUUUAAAGAUGUCCGCGGACGCGUCGAAGCGCGGCCACUUGAUCCUCCUGAUCUGUCGUCAUUUAAAGGAGAGCGGGUUGCUGGAUGCAGCUGAGGAGCUGAGGAAGCAUGCACCUCAGGUGGAAUCGGGCACCUCUGCGUCCUUGAUGGACAUUUAUACUUCAUGGUUGGAAAAGUCCAAUGGGUUGACCAAGAGGAGACGGAAAGCAGACCCAAAGAGCAGCAGUGAGACCUCGGACGACGAGGAUGGAGUGACCCUCGCUAAAGGUGGGAUCAAGCCUGCAAGAUGGGAAACAGGAGCUGGUGAUUAUGAUUAUGAGGAGGAGGAGGAGGACAGUGAACUGUUCAGCCAGAGCCUACUUCCACAGACACCGAAAAAAUUAUCGAAUCAAACUCUGGUGAAGACUCGUGGGAGUGCAGUUAAAACUACAGUUCCCAGCAAGCCACAGAGUGGCAGCAGUGAUACGGAUUCAGAGAGCGACGAGGGAACUACAGGGAGAACAAAGCCCCCAGCGAGACCGACCACCCCGACCCAGGCUGUCAAACCCCCAGUGAAGGCAGCGGCUGGUCCUACCAAGUCCAAACCCCCGGCCUCGUCCAGCAGUGAGUCUAGUGAUGAAGAUGGAGCCGCUGAUCCACCGCAGGAGGCCUCCAUCACCACCACCAGCCCGGCUGCUCCAGGCACACUGGCGCCCAAGACUAAAGCGCUCGGAGCCGCUUCUUCAGCCAAGAAGACCCCGCUGGCUGCCGCCACGCCCGCCAAGACCCCCGCUGCCAGGACCCCCGCCGCCAAGACCCCCGCCGCCAAGACCCCCGCCGCCAAGACCCCCGCCGCCAAGACCCCCGCUGCCAGGACCCCCGCUGGAGGCCCCAGGAAGGCAGACAGCGACAGCAGCGAGUCGUCUUCAGACAGCGACGAGGGAUCGCUGCCUGGGAACCAACAGGCAGCCACGCCGACAGCCAAUAGGAAGGCUUCUCCUGCUGCCGCCAGAGCGGCCCAGGCCGCCGAGAGCUCUAGUGAGACGGAGUCCUCGGGGACUGACGAUGAGGCCCCUCCCACCACACCUAAGACGCCCCUCAGAGCGGCCUCUACACCCUCCAAGGCCCCCCCUCCUGCGGCCCCGGGCCCCACUGGGGCCACGCCCUCUGCUGGGUCCACCACUGAGUCCAGUGAGGAAAGUGAUGAUGGGGCCGCCCCCAAAAAACCUCCCGCCACCACGACCGCCCCGGCCGCUCGGGUCACUGCUGCACCCAAGACUAAAGCGGGCGGAGCCACUCCUUCAGCCAAGAAGACCCCGCUGGCCGCCGCCGCCAGAGCAGCCCAGGCCGCAGAGAGCUCCAGUGAGACCGAGUCCUCGGACAGCGAGGAUGAGGCCCCUCCCACCACCCCUGUGAAGACGCCCCUUAGAGCGGCCUCCACACCCUCCCAGACCGCCGCCCCUGGGGGGCAGGGGUCAGUGUCUGCGGCCGUCCCCAGGAGGCCGGACAGCGUCAGCAGCGACACGACUUCAGAGAGCGACCAGGAGACCCCAGCGCCGAUGCCAGCAGUCAAGGCGUCGGCCGCCGGCACCCCAAAGCCUGUGAAGACAGCACCUACAGACUCCUGGACACUCGCCCAGACCGCCACGCCUGCAGCCCCCGGCCCGACCGCUGAACGCCCGGCCGCCUCCAGCCCUGAGUCCAGUGAGGACAGCGGCGACGGAGUCGGCAGACAGACGCAGAUCUUGGAUUACUUCAAGGCCGCCAAAGAAACGCCCGCCACGCCGUCCACCCCGCUGGCCGCCGCCGCCAGAGCGGCCCAGGCCACCGAGAGCUCUAGUGAGACUGAGUCCUCAGGGACUGACGAUGAGGCCCCUCCCACCACACCUAAGACGCCCCUCAGAGCGGCCUCUACACCCUCCAAGGCCCCCCCACCUGCGGCCCCGGGCCCCACUGGGGCCACGCCCUCUGCUGGGUCCACCACUGAGUCCAGUGAGGAAAGUGAUGAUGGGGCCGCCCCCAAAAAACCUAUCGCCACCACGACCGCCCCGGCCGCUCGGGUCACUGCUGCACCCAAGACUAAAGCGCUCGGAGCCACUCCUUCAGCCAAGAAGACCCCGGAGGCUGCCGCCGCGCCCGCCAAGACCCCCGCUGCCAAGACCCCCGCUGCCAGGACCCCCGCUGGAGGCCCCAGGAAGGCAGACAGCGACAGCAGCGAGUCGUCUUCAGACAGCGACGAGGGAUCGCUGCCUGGGAACCAACAGGCGGCCACGCCGACAGCCAAUAGGAAGGCUUCUCCUGCUGCCGCCACACCACUUGGAAAGGCUCACACACCAGCCAAGACCGCCCCCCCUGCAGCCACUGGCCCCGCCCCUCUGGGCCCCCACCCCUCUGCAACGCCCGGCCCUGGGUCCAGCGAGGGAGGGGGGGGCGUCCCCAUGACAACCAUCCGGGACUUCUUCGGCCGGACCACUCCCGCUAAGACUCCAGCGGGGGGGAACAGUGGGGGGGGCUGUUAUACGGUUCCCCCCCCACAGCCCCCGGGCCAGGCUCCACACCCCUGCGCUGAGCCCCCGCCCGCCCGGCCCGAGGCCUCGGAUAGCUCCAGCGACGAGAGCAGCAGCGAUGAUGCCGUGGUCCUCCGCACACCGGAGGCCAUCGGCGCAGGAGGAGCGGCCGCAGAGUCCAGCGAUACGGUGUCCGACAGCGAGGAGGACCACGCCCAGGCGCUAGAAGCCAUGCUGAAGUUCCUCGAGUCGAAAAGGAAAUCCACCCCCAGAGCAGGCCCGCGGACCCCCAAGACCCCCGCCGCAGCGGCGCCCACUUCCAAGCCCCCAUCCAAAGCAAAGCCUAAACCCAACCCUAAACCCUCCGCAACUUCAAGCUCCGCACCGAAGGCCAAGGCCGCCCCGAAGCCCAAGCGGCCCAAGAAAGACGGAGCUCUGAGCUCCAACCCGGAGGCUGGGAAGAAGAGGUCCAGAGCGAUUCCUGGCUCCACAGCUGCCUCUCCUGGCUCUAAGCCCAAAGCUAGCCUCCAAAGUACUGUCCUACAAGCCCCAGCCCCAGUGCCAGACACGGCGAAGACCAUAAAAGUUAAAGACACCCCCGUAAAAGACAAAGCCACCACCAUGAAAAGCAAAGCUCCACCUGUGAUAGGCAAAGCCACACCUGUGAAAAAGACACUGGUGCUGAAGAAGACACCGACGCCAAAAAAGACACAGCCAAAAGAGAAGAGGAAACUGGGUGUUCCUCAGCCCAUGGAGCCAGAGGACGUUCUGUCCAGCGCCCCGCCGAUUCCUGCUUGGAACAACAGUUCUGACUCUGAAGGCAGUCUCGACGUGGAGAAGUGGAAGCGGCUGGUUUUGAAUCUGUCAGUGGAAGACGAAGCCAAGAUGCAGACCAUGGCCGCUUUGGACGCAACCCCGGCCAAGAAGCCGCGCGUCCGGAAGCCCCGGGCCAAGGCCGGGGCCGGGGCUAACCCUAACCCUAACCCCAAGGCCGGGGCCGGCCCUGCUGCGGCUGACCCCACCGGCCAGGCGGUGAAGACGAAAGCCCCGCCGCGGAAGCCGCGCGCGCCUCGGGCUAAAAACGCGUUCCCCGCGGCCCAACAGACCUUCCUCUCUUUCGUACCCGUUGCCACGCCUGCCGGGGCGAAGAGGAAGGGAGCAGACACCGCGAUGGACGGCGUCCAGGCGGAGGAACCGAAGAGGAGGAGGAAGGGCGACUCUGGGGACGGGAAGGAGGAACCGAGGAGGAGGAAGAAGAAGAGCGACUCUGGGGACGGGAAGGAAGAACCGAAGAGGAGGAGGAAGAAGAAGAAGAGCGACUCUGGGGACGGGAAGGAGGAACCGGAGAGGAGGAAGAAGAAGAAGAGCGACUCUGGGGACGGGAAGGAGGAACCCGAGAGGAGGAAGAAGAAGAGCGACUCUGGGGACGGGAAGAAAGAACCGGAG